AUGUCACGGUUUGGGGUCUCUCCUGCUCUGCUCCUGCAGUCGCAACUUACCUUUACUCAGACAAUACAACCUCAGUUCAAUCCUUCAAUUCUUCCAGCACCCACUAUCUCCCACAAAAGAUCAACCCCCGAAAUUCAAUUCAACCACAACCCUCACACCAACCCACCACAAUCGCGAAGCCAGAUCUACGAUGAAGCUUCCAGCCUUGACUGCUGUGACUACAGCCUCGCUCUUCUUCGCUCACUCAGCUUCGGCUGGUCCGAUUGGAUAUGGGAUUUGUCAAGCUGGCUGUUCUGCGGUGGUAAUGGCAUGUUACUCGGCGGCUGGCUUCACCUGGGGAGCUACCUUGGGCGCCACGGCUCCUGCUAG